CUAUGGCGGGUCAUGGAAAGGCCUCUAUUCCUAUUUUCUACCUGUCUGAGUUAUUUCAUUGAAGCGCACUCAACGUUCUCCAUUUUAGCGUUCUCCGUUGAAUCUAAUUCUUGUAUCCCCCAUUGAAGCAGCUUCUAAUGGAUAUGGGGAUAGAGAGAGAGCAGAGUAGCACAUCCGAAGCCGAAAGAGAGGAAAAAAAGAUUGUGAUGCUGGCACUGAGCAACGAAGACUUGACUUCGGAAAGACUACAAGUAUAUCACACUCGUGCAGAAUUUCACUCGGUGGAUCUGAAGCACAAUAUAUUAACUCGUUCUUGCUUUCCUUCAAUUAUCAUGGCUAAGUUCUUAUCAUCUGCCAUGGUGUCAUCUUUGAAUAAAUUUAUCUACUUAGUGGGAGUGGGAGGAGCGCGAUCACCUGACGUCCAAUCAUCUGAUGAGUCUUCCUCUUCCAACCACACAUUCUACUCCGGCGGUUCAUGUCUUGACAUGUCUGAUGAGGCUCCAGUGUGGUGUCCAGCUCCUGUCUUCGUUGAGGGUAACACUUCUCCCAACUAUGUUAGCUUUCUUGGCAAAAUUUACAACUUUGGAUCUUUUUGCCUUGCGCCCCAGGUUCUUGACUGUGGUGCCCUUGGCCACUGUAAGUCAAUUCGCUCUCUCCUUAUCCCUCAAAGCCUUGCCGGUUGUAGUGUGUCUGUUCCUGUACUUCCCGACCCUUCCAACAAACGCAUUCUUAUGCGCCUCUAUGGUGGUCCCCUUUCAUCGCCUUCCCUCUAUGCUUUCACUCCCGAUCCUGAUGCUGAUGCUAUUGGGACAUGGGAAUGUCUCACCUCUGAUUUCCAACUUUGGGCUCAUGCUGCUGCUGUUGUUAACGGGGUCAUAUAUUUUCACUGCCAUAGAGUUCCAUCUCUUCUUUGUGCUUUUCAUAUAACCAAGAAAAUAUGGUUGAAAGUCUGGUGGGAUUCGUGCUUUAAGGACAAUGUUGAUAUGAAUGUCGAAACUUUUAAUUUCGAUGCAAUGCUUCAUUUGGGCCACAAUAUUUUGUGCUUUGCUGGUUGGACACCCAUAUAUCCCCGGCCUGCUGUUUUUACCCUCGAAGUCAUCUUUUACAAGUUCCAAGUGCUGGUCACCGGUGAAACUGUAACCGUCAAGGUCUGUGACUCCUACUCAUAUGAACUUCCGGGAAGUACCAAUGUGUUUCAUUUCCUCCCCAUUUAGCAGGUGUAGGCCACUGGAUGCUCCUGCAUGAUCAGCAAAACUCAUGCAGAUUGAACACUUCAAAAAAGCGCUCUUGCUUGUGGAGUGAAAUUCAGCUGAAUGAAAAACUGAUAUGUGAUCUUAGUUUUAAAAGUGCGCGCGUAGGCGUGACACUGGGCGCAAGGUGCACUAGGGCGGAGGCAUAUACCCCUUUGAGAGGCUCAAAGGCGCAGGCUUUUUGGGCUUUUUUUUGUUUAUUUUUCAUUUUUUAUCCUUUUGAGCCUAACCCACUAGAGGCGCACACCCCUCUUGCGCCUAGGUGCGCCUCUUGCCUUUUCAAACUAAGCAUGUGAUUAAGCUGAAUUCUUUUAAUUUCAUAUUCUCUCCACAGAGGAAGAGGUAGUUAAUCUCUCUGCAAAGGUAGUUAAUGGUUUCUGUAAGGUAAAAAGAAAAAAAAAGGGAUAUAGCCUCUUGAGUUCUAAUGCAUUGAUGACUAGUUUAAUUGCACUUUAGGGCCUUGUCACUUCUGUUAACUAGAGGUUUGAGAUAUUCCCACUUUAAUACUAUGAGUCCAUGACCUAUGAGGUACAAUGGUUGAAAUUCCAUCUAAUUUGAUAAUUUUAUAGGUGCAAGUGUGUAACAAAGUGUGAGAAUGAACUGUGAACACAAUAUUGGAUUUUCAUAUAAAUUUGCAAGAAUUGCAUUAUUAUGACGGUCUAAAACGCCUGUGAUCUGGUUGAAAUUUGCACUAUAUCCUUGUGUUGACCAAAGCAAAUCACCAAAGUUCAUGAAUACCAAAUUGGAAAUAAACCAAACACCAGGGCACUAAAUGGGAAAUGCCAAAUUGGAAAUAAACCAAACACCAGGGCUCUAAAUGGGAAAUGCCAAAAUGUUCAUUUUCAUGAAUCAAUUUGUUGAAUACAAUGCUCUAGCUUUCCUCAUAUAGAGAUGUUCUUGAAUAUGUAAAACACAUUUUUUCCCCCUUCCUCUAUAAGUUUUUAGCUUG